AUGUUAGGUGGUGCCGACCACGACCUCGAAAAAGCCCCUGAAGUGGGCAAUGUCCCUGUCGACGGUAACAGCGACGGUGCAGUGCCCGGGGAGAGCUUCGCAUAUGGCGAUUCGUGGUACGCAAGGAUACAGCGGUUGGCGGGGAAGCUCAACAUUGAGCAGCGCGGUAUCGAGCGAGUACCGGAAAGUGAACAAACAGAUACCUCAUACUUCAACAUUAGCAGCAUGUGGCUCGCGGCCAACAUGGUGGUUAGUUCGUUCGCUAUCGGUGUCCUCGGAAAGUCGCUUUAUGGACUUGGUUUCGUCGAUGCCCUCCUCGUCGAUCUUUUCUUCAAUCUACUGGGUAUCAUGACCGUCUGUUGGUUUUCGUGCUUUGGACCUCCGUUUGGAUUGCGACAGAUGGUGUUGUCAAGGUUUUGGUUUGGCUGGUAUGGAACAAAAUUCAUCGCUAUCCUCAACGUCCUGGCCUGUGUGGGAUGGUCUGCCGCCAACGCCAUCGUGGGUGCCCAGUUCAUCGUCGCAGUAAACUCCGACGUACCUGGUUUCGCCGGUAUCCUCAUCAUCGCCAUUUGCACCCUCCUCAUCACAUUCGCCGGAUACAAGGUAGUUCACGCAUACGAGUACUGGAGCUGGAUCCCAACCUUCAUCGUGUUCAUGAUCGUCUUCGGAACCUUUGCUCACUCAGGCGACUUCAAAAACCUACCCAUGGGAGUUGGAAGAUCGGAACUGGGUAGUUGUCUCUCCUUUGGCUCAACUGUGUACGGCUUCGCAACUGGUUGGACCAGCUACGCCGCCGAUUACACAGUAUACCAGCCCAAGAACCGCAGCCGUCGUAAGGUAUUCUUCUCCGCUUGGUUGGGUCUCCUCCCUCCUCUCUUGUUCACCCAGAUGCUGGCGAUUGCGAUCAUGACGGCCACGGAGAUCAACGGUGGAGACAACAAGUACCAGCUAGGAUAUGCGGCGUCAGGUAACGGGGGUUUGCUCAGCGCUGUUCUCGCGCCGCUUGGCAGAUUCGGUGACUUCUGUUUGAUCAUUCUCGCCCUCUCGAUUAUCGCCAACAACUGCCCGAACAUUUAUUCCGUCUCUUUGACACUCCAAGUUCUGAGUCGUUUCACUCAACGCGUGCCUCGAUUCAUCUGGGUGUUCCUGGGCUCCUGUGCUUCCAUCGCCAUCGGUAUACCCGGAUACUCGCACUUCGAAAGUGUCCUGGAGAACUUCAUGAACUUCAUCGCGUAUUGGCUCGCCAUAUACUCAGGUAUCGCUGUUUCUGAUCACUUUAUCUUCAAGCGUGGUUUUGGUGGGUAUCGUCCGGAGAUCUAUGAGGAUCGCCACAAGCUGCCCGUUGGUAUUGCUGCUGCCCUCGCUUUCGGGUUUGGAAUCGCGGGUAUGAUCACUGGUAUGAGUCAAACGUGGUAUACUGGACCUAUUGCCAUUCAUGCAGGCGUUGCGCCAAGUGGUGCUGAUAUCGGCUUUGAACUGGCGUUUGCCUUUGCGGCAGUCAGUUAUUGUUUGUUGAGACCUAUCGAGUUGAAGGUGCUUGGUAGGUAA